AAUUGUCUCCAAAUACGUUCGCACGAUGUGAAUCGAAUUGAAGCCUACAUCGACCCGACCUAGCUCAGUGUUGCUCCGGUUUCACCACCGAGUAUUUUGCGACAAGCCUCCUGUUUCUCGAGUUCAAGUUACGGAUGAACAUCCGAUGUUGUCUCGCUGUUAAUAUUAAUCGUAUCAAGUGUCCUUAAAGGCUUAAGUCUUCCUCUUCAAUCACGAACCUGUGAGACUUGCAGUAAUGGUGGAUCUUACACCAUGAUGAGGCAGCUCUAAACCACAAAACAUCUGUUUCAGCAGAAAUUCCGAGUGAUAUUGCAGGCCUACACGUGAAUGCACAUUUGAGUGUGUAAUGUAAUGAAUUGAGGACGGUGUCAUGGGAAAGUUGCGGGUAUUUGAGGUGAUUUUCGACGGGGACGACAUCGGCGUCUUUCAGUCGGGAGAGGUGAUCCGAGGUUUUAUCAAGAUUGUGCUCGAUGAGGCAAAGAAUGACGUCAGAGGUAUUCAAAUCAAGUUUGUCGGCGAAGCUUACACGCACUGGUCGGAGGGCAGUGGUAAGGACAGCACAAGCUACUCCGGGCGAGAGGUGUACUUCAAAGAAAAGGUCAUCUGCUGGGGAAAGGGUAAACAUCAUGUUGGCGCGUCCAGCUUGUCUUUGGAGUCCGGCGAACAUCACUUCCCCUUCUCCUUCCAGAUCCCCAACGUCCCACUCCCCUUUCCCUUCGAGUCGCCCAUGGGCUGGAUCCGUUACAAGGUGGUGUGCAAGAUCGACCGGCCCUGGAAGUUCGACCAUCACACGGAGAGGCUGUUCACGGUCAUCGGUAUCCCGAUGGAUCUGAACCAAAUGCCACAUGCCAGGUACCCUUCUCGUGCGGAGUCUUCUAAGACCAUUUGUUGCCUGUGCUGCGGCCAGGGCCCAAUCACAACCAUAGCUUCGACCGACAAGGGCGCCUACGUGCCGGGACAGAGUAUAUUCGUGUCAGGGACAGUGCAUAACAACAGUAGCCGGUCCAUUGUUGAUCUCGCGGUCAAGUUAAUUCAGAUAGUCACAUACUUUUCCUCAGGGAGAAGCCAUACCACGCGAAGAACGACCCUAGUCAAGGACAAAGGCCCGGGAUGCGGGGCAUGGGAAGUGGCUACGAUGGACUGGAAGCCUCUUGUGAUACCCUCCAUCCCUCCCUCUGGUCCUCAGGGAUGCAACAUCAUCAAGAUAGAGUAUCAGAUUCAGUUUGUAGGUGGCAUCAGCAGCACUAAUUGGGAUGCGGAAGUCAUUGUGCCUGUUACCAUAGGGACCAUUCCCUUGCAUCCUACCUCGUAUACCGAUCCUUCAGCUGUGGUGAUCGAUCAGCCAUCCAGUAUCGCUAAUGUCUCCAUCGUGCCAGCUUCGCCACUGCCGAGUUACCAGGUAGCCUGUGGGGGACUCCGGGAGAUACCGAGCAAGAGCGGCCACGACUAUACCUUUGGUAAACUCAUGUACGCCCCUCAGUACCCGACCUACAACCUACCGGCGCAACCACCGUCCUGGAACCCGACGCAACCGCCUCAAGCACCAGGCAGCCGUCAAGCUAUCCUUCAACUAACCGGGCACUAGGUCAUCGAUGAAAAAUGAUCAUCCGCAGCCUCUUUCGUCUCACCACCCUAUAGACCAUUAUGUUGCGGCCAUCUUGAUUUUUUUCCCAUUCAAAUCAACGUAACCGAAGCGAGG